AACGUUAAAAAGUCUAUUUCUCCACUUUUUAUAUCUACUCUCCUAUUCCCUUAAUUGCCCCCAACUGGCAGCCUCGUGGCUGUCCGUUAAUUGCCCCAACCGACAGCCCCCCCCUAGCAAUUGUCUGCUGAUCACACUCCACCUCACAGCCACGAGCUGUAGGAGCGGGGCUCUGUCACUCAGUGGUGCUGAUAACGUUCAUAUUCAACACCAUCAUCCAUGCAGUUCCUCGUUGCGGUGUCACCUCCCUUUAUCAUAUAGCCUCUCUAUACAUGAGGAUUGUGUUUCACUCCAUCUCGAUCACUCGCAAGAGACCCUUCAAACCUUCCACAUUCAUGCACAUCGUAAAUUACUUCAGGAAUGCUUUUCCUCUUCCAAAUGUGUGUACACAGUGUUGGGAUAUGAGAGCAGGUUUACAGUGUGCAGAGCGUAAAGAGUCACUCUGACCCCUAAUAGAUAAUAACCACAUCAGCACUCCUUAUCUGAUUGGCCAACGUGUCUGACAGCUUUCAGAUAAACAAUUGUGGUCAGCUGCGUGAGUCACAUGCAGGUACAGCGGCUCACCACUACACGUCGACUUUCGCGACCAAUAACAUCCAUAAUACAGGGGUUUUUUGGUUGAGAUCGCGUAAAUACAUUCAGUAAAUAUUUAUACAAUUUAAUCCAAAAAAACUCAUUAUAGCUCACCACUGAUAAACAACCGGCCCAACAGCUCACCAACCGUACCACGACCUGCCAGCAGCACAAUGGACAAUGAUGAAUACCGAAAUCGAGGUAAGGAGAUGGUGGACUACAUCGCCAUGUAUCUGCGUGAGCUACGUAAGCGGCCCGUGAACCCCUCCGUGCGGCCCGGCUACCUGCGUCCCCUGCUGCCCCCUGGCCCCUCGCAGCAAGGAGAGCCCUGGGAGAGAAUCUUUGAGGACGUGGAGCGGCUCAUCAUGCCUGGGGUCGUACACUGGCAGAGCCCGCACAUGCACGGGUACUACCCGGGGCUCAACUCGUACCCGUCACUCCUGGGUGACAUGCUGGCGACUGGGAUGAACGGCGCUGGGUUUACAUGGGCGUCUAACCCGGCUAGCACGGAGCUGGAGAUGGUGGUGACGGACUGGCUGGCGACCAUGCUGUCCCUGCCCGACACCUUCCGGCACGACCACCCAGGCGGAUGCGGUGGCGGAGUCAUGCAGACCACGGUGAGCGAAUCCAACUUGCUGGCGUUGCUGGCGGCACGGACGCGCGCUCUCGUCCGCCUGCGCGGGGACGCGCGCGUGGACGUGGGACAGGAUGCACUCCUCAACGCGCGUCUCGUAGCGUACACCUCCGACCAGGCUCACUCGUCGGUGCUGAAGGCGAGCCUCGUGUCGCUGGUGAGGCUGCGCUCGCUGCCCACGGACUUGGAGUUCUCGCUGCGCGGGGAGACGCUCCGACGCGCCGUGGAGGAGGACCAAGCACAGGGCCUCGUCCCGUUCUUCGUGUGUGCGACCCUUGGAUCGACGGGCGUGUGCGCCUUUGACAACUUGUCCGAGUUGGGCCCUGUCUGCCGCCAGGAGGGGCUGUGGCUGCACGUGGACGCGGCGUAUGCGGGCACUGCCUUCCUGUGCCCCGAGCUGCGCGACCCCCUGCACGGGAUCGAAAUCGCCGACUCGUUCGUGGUCAACCUGGGCAAGUGGAUGAUGGUCAACCUGGACUGCGCCGUCUUCUGGGUGGCGGACAAGCGGAGUCUGCAGAGCACAUUCGGCGUGGAGCCGCACUACUUACAGCACGAGCACUCUGGUUCGGUCACCGACUUCAUGCACUGGCAGAUCCCGCUGACUGUGCGGUUCCGCUCACUCAAGCUGUGGUUUGUGAUUCGCUCGUUCGGGCUGGACGGCCUGCAGGAGCACGUGCGCAGGGGCGUUGAGCUUGCCAGGUAUUUUGAAAGACUCGUCAUAGAUGACCCCCGGUUUGAGAUUCCAGUGAAGAGAAACCUGGGACUUGUCGUGUUUCGCCUCCAGGGCCCUAACGAGAUGACGGAGAAGCUACUCAAGAAGCUCAAUGCAUCGGGGCAGCUAUUCGUGGUGUCAGCCAUGGCUAGAGAAAAGUUCGUCAUCCGCUUCACCAUCACGUCCCAGUUCACCACGGAGGCAGACCUGCUACAGGAUUGGAGCCUCGUGUCACAGGCCGUCUCGAGCCUCCUGCAGGGUUCGGUGUAGAAGGGUGAUGAAAGCGCUGAGGGUAAAUAUUUUUAGAUUUGGGAACUGGAUUUGAGGGAAAAGGUGGGUCGGGAGUCUGUACCAAAUUAAUGGAGUCAGGAUCAGGGCCUCUGGAGACCUUGACACUGAAGGCAGAUGUCCAUGGUAUAUAAUUGUGCUGGACCCAGUGAUAGCUUUACGUAGUUUUGCUGUGGGAAAUUGUCUUAUGAAGGAAAAACAUGGGACACCAAGUAUAAAUGUAGAACCAGAUGGAGACGAAGAUUUUACUUAAGGCUGCUUGCCGUUUAUUUACUCAUGCACACUCUGAUCACUGUACACUCACUGCUACCUUACACUUUCUGCACUCGACACUUACAUCCGUUAUGGCGCACGUCAGGACUCUGUCCUUUACGCGGACAUCCCUUCAUUUAUCUACGCCCCGGUAUGGCUCCCCUUUGUCUACCCAUUCGUCUGCCCCAAGCAGGGGAUCAUCCAACACCGCCCGGCGACGAGGUGAGACCUCUACAUAUCAAGCCCUCUUUGGCUGGAAUGUCGUCCAUGCAGGCUCUUGUUCCUCUCUCUCCCAACUACGACGACCCAGAGCUCACGCACACUCCUGCUUACAUAUCCCUCGUCAUUCUGAGUCCGCACGUGCUCCCACUUAAGCUGCUGUCUGCACGGUAUCACGUGCCCCUACUUAAGCUGCAGUCUCCAUAGCGCCCCUUGCACUCGUUAAUCCUUAUCAUAUCUCCCAUCUCCACAGCGCCUACCCCGUGCUCCCACGCGCACACCUGUUCGCUACAAUUGCCUCUACUGACAAGAGAGUCUUACACAAGGUUGCAUCAUGCAUGCCCUUGCACGACCUUUCCACAAACUCACUUUCCUGCGCUUGCCCCUCGUGGUACUCCUCUACAAAAGUAAUCCAAUUUGUUUAAAUAUGGUUGGCUGCUAGUCGUGUCCUUUAGGAGACACCCAAAUUUUAGGUCUGUACCAAAGAAAGGCAACUCCAUUUAUAAAGUCAACACUUGCAUUUCUUGCAUUAAGUCCUAGUACUUCAAUGUUAUAUACUGCAUAUAUAUUUAAGAUAUAUUUAUCUGAUUCAUCACUUGUUGAAAUAAUAGAUCGGUCCACAAUAAAGAAAUCACAUUCAUUUUAUGAAGUUCGGAAUGAAUACAAAAGGUCUGUCGUGCAAAUUGGGAUUUCCAAUGUUUUCAUGCUGUCUGCAUUGUAGAAUGACUAUUUCCUUAUAUUAUGAUGACCUGUUAUGUACUGUAGUUUGAUGUUAACAGACAUUGUUAACGAUAAAAGCCAUUGAUGUCCUCUGAGUUGUCCAUAAAGGUACAAUCCGUCCUGGA